UCAAACGUGCUGGAAACCUGAUAGCGUGUUUAAAUUUAGUGUGGAACGUGGCCCCAGCUAAGAUGGCGAACAUUCAGUUGUAUCACUUCCCGGGAAGCCCGGCAUGUCGUUCUGUCCGCAUGACAGCCAAGGCUCUUGGUGUACCUCUGGAAUUGAAACAACUCAACUACCACAACAAAGACCAUCUUAGCCCAGAGUUUACAAAGAUAAACCCAGAUCAAACCAACCCAACAAUUAUAGAUGGACACUUCACGCUGUGGGAAAGCCGCGCCAUCAUGCGCUACCUGGUGGGGAAGUUUGGGGGUGAGGACAACAGCCUGUACCCCCGGGACCUUCAGAAGAGGGCAGAGGUGGAUCGACUCCUGGACUAUGAUCUGGGGGUCUUCCGCAGAGCCAUGUGGGACAAUUUGAUGCUUCCCUUAAGAAGCAGAACAAGCCUUAAGACGACCAAACAACAAGACGAGAAUGUCAUGAAGGCUUUUGGGCGUAUUGAUACACUGGUCAAGGAUAAGAAGUUCCUCACCGGAAAUACCCUCACCAUUGCCGACUUUGCGGUGGUAGUUGGGUUUGCAGCUGAAGUCAUCUAUCCAGGGGAUAUGUCGAAGCACCCCAAUGCCAUGGCUUGGUACAAAAGAAUGCAGGAAUUACCAUACUACCAAGAAGUGAAUCAGCCGUUUUAUGACUUAGUGGAAAAAAUGAAGAAUUCAGUGGCUGAAAAUUCCUAGCAUGUUAAUGGUACAGUAUUAUGUGCAAAUCCAUUGAAGUUUACUGAUGAUGACAUAAGAUAAUGAUUAACAAUACAGUAGAAGAAUUACAUCUUGUGUCAGUAAUUAAAUCAUUCAUCUACAUAAAGCAAGGAUGUGCUCUCAGUAUCUGCUCUAUCCAAUGUUAGUGGCCCAACUGCUCAUAAACCAACAGUAAUCUUCGGAGUAAAUACUGGAUGACAGGUCAAGCAAACGCGUCCCCUGAUAUAUAUGUUCCCGUUAUCUUCCAAGCAGUAUAUAUUUCAGAGACAUUGUGUAAUAUCUUUAUUCCUAUGUAUACACUACUGUUUAUUAGCAAGACUACCAUAAAAUCACAGCCUUACAUGCAUGUCAUAUUUCUGCUUACUAUAUAUUUCCAUGUAAUAUAGGCAUUAUUUACA